UUAGCCCUACUUUCUUUCUCUUUCCAGACGGCCAUCUUGUUAUCACACGUGUGUGAAAAGGGGCCGGAAAAUCACUAAAUAUGGCGGCAAGGCCAUUGAUAACGGUUUACAGCGAGAAAGCUGAACCAAGUGAAUCAAACAUCACUCUUCCUGCGGUGUUCAGGGCCCCCAUCAGACCCGACAUCGUCAACUUUGUUCAUGCAGAGAUAAGGAAGAAUGCACGCCAAGCGUACUCUGUCAAUGAGUAUGCAGGUCACCAGACAUCUGCAGAGUCAUGGGGCACUGGUCGUGCUGUAGCACGUAUUCCCCGUGUCCGUGGAGGUGGCACCCAUCGUUCUGGUCAAGGUGCUUUUGGCAACAUGUGUCGUGGAGGACGCAUGUUUGCUCCAACCAAGACAUGGAGGCGUUGGCAUCGCAGAGUCAAUGUGAACCAGAAACGUUAUGCCAUUUGCUCUGCUGUAGCUGCCACUGGUAUCCCCGCCCUGGUGAUGUCUAAAGGUCAUCGCAUUGAAGAGAUCCCAGAGGUACCUCUAGUUGUCUCAGAUAAAGUCCAGGAAUACAAAAAGACAAAGGAAGCUGUGGGACUUUUGAAAAAAUUGAAAGCUUGGGCUGAUAUUCAAAAGGUUUACAAUUCCAAACGUUUUAGAGCUGGAAAAGGUAAAAUGCGUAAUCGUCGGCGCAUACAAAGAAGAGGUCCUUUGGUAAUUUACAAUCAAGAUAAUGGAAUAACCAGGGCUUUUAGAAAUAUACCAGGCAUCACACUAAUCAAUGUGUCAAGACUGAACCUCCUAAAAAUAGCACCUGGUGGGCAUGUGGGACGUUUCUGUAUUUGGACUGAAUCUGCUUUCCGCAAGCUUGAUGCUUUGUAUGGCACCUGGCGUAAGGCAUCCAAGGAGAAGAGCAAUUACAACUUGCCCAUGCCCAAGAUGACCAACAGUGACCUGUCCAGGCUUCUCAAGAGUGAUGAAAUACAGAGGGUUGUCAGACCACCACAGAGAAACAAUAAACGUAGAGUUCUGAAAAAGAACCCAUUGAAGAACAUCAGAGUUAUGCAGAAGCUCAACCCUUAUGCUGCAGUCAUGAAGAGAAAUGCUCUCCUCACAGAGGAGCAGCGUAAAAAAGCCAAACAGGCUGCAAUCAACAAGAAGAGAGGGAUUGCCCCAGAGACAACUGAGGCAAAGCCCAAAGGAAAGGCCCCAGCUAAGGGGAAGGGAAAGGGGAAAAAGUAAAUUCUCCUUGAAGAAGAAACAGCUCAAUUCAUAAAAAGAAACUUUACUAAAUGUUGAAAAAGGAAAAAGAAAACUCAGACAAAUUGAGCAAUGGUGUUUCAAUAUUUGAAAUGUGAUUCAACAAGAAUAAAAAAAAUGAAGAAAGAA